UUGUGGAAUAUUUAAAUUUGAGAAAUUUGCACAUUGCUUUCAUUUAAGAACUGAACAAAGAGCUAAUAUUUUUACUUGAUCGCGUGUUUUCCUGCAAUCAACAUAUCUCUUCAAAUUGCUAUUUGUGUGGUUCAUUAGUUAAAUUAUAUAUUGUAUGCAGGAAACCAGCAACUUAAAAGUUAUUUGUUGAGCAAAAUAGCUUUGAGAUACAAAAGGAGAAUUAACCAAUUGUGGCGUGAUUAAAAUUCUUGAAGUAAAAAACAAAUCGUGAACUAACACACAAUAUCAUCACUUGAUGCAUUAAAACGCAUUGAAGAAAACAAGUGCAUCGUCAACAAGCUACGUAAACAAGAUAAGUGCAGCACCAGCAGCUUUAAGUUACUGUUUUUUUUAUUUCUGAUUGACGUAACUGGCGUAAUUUGCGUAAACAAUGAAUCGUAUGACUAUGGGUUCAGUGCGUGUGGCAAGAAGCGGGAAUCUCUUGAAUGAUACAUUUUCAGCAGCCCUCCAGUCCACUGCUGCUACAUCAAAUUCAGACUUUACAUACACUGAUGACACUCAAUUAAAUUCAACUGGAAAAACAUCGCUGAUAAGUAGAACUUUGGUGUCAGCUCCGAACCGUGAAGCUUUGAAAUCAAGUAAAAAUCCGGAGGAAGCCUCUGAAAUAGUGAACAAGUCUGAUGUAAUAUGUUUCGAUGUUGACUCAACUUUAAUCUGUGAAGAAGGCAUUGAUGAACUGGCAGAUUUCUGUGGUAAGGGAUCGGAAGUAGCGCGUGUCACAAAAGAAGCCAUGGGAGGAGCAAUGACCUUUCAAGAUGCCUUGAAUAUUAGAUUAAAUAUUAUUCGACCAAGCCAAAAACAGAUCAUUGAGUUUCUUCAACAACGUCCUUGUACAUUAACUAAAAACGUUAGAGCUUUUAUUGAAAAAUUAAAGUCAGAAAAGAAGGAAAUUUAUCUAAUUUCUGGAGGUUUUCAUUGUCUGAUCGAUCCCAUUGCCGAUGAAUUGGGAAUACCGCGCAGUCAUAUCAUUGCAAAUAAAUUACUUUUUUAUUUUAAUGGUGAUUAUGCAAGCUUCGAUACUACACAACCCACUUCAAAAAGUGGUGGCAAAGCAGAAGCUGUUUCGAUUAUUAAACGCUGUCAUCCCAACGCUAACAUUACAAUGAUUGGAGAUGGUGCAACUGAUUUGGAGGCAUCUCCUCCUGCUAACAAUGUUAUUGGUUUCGGUGGCAAUGUUCUACGUACUGAAGUCCAUCAGCGAGCACAGUAUUACAUUAUGGAUUUUGCCCAACUGAUGUGAUAAACUUUGAAGGGAAACAAAUUACAUACAUAUUAUUGCGUUAUUUUACAAGAUUGUAUUUUCUGAAUUUAUAAUUUACUUUUAGUUUUUAAGUAGUAGCAUCUUUAAAAUUAAUUAUGAUUUAUACAUGAAUUUCGAACAUUUUAGUGAAAUUAUAGAAAUACAAGCAUGCCGAAAUGUACCUUGUAGUAAAAUUUAAUAAAUACAAAAUAUUUUUUGUUAAGGAGUUAUGAAUUAUGCUGGUUAUAAAACUGUAUAAUAACAAUAAUAACAUUAGGACUGAUAAAUUGAAGUUAUAUAAAUGUAAAUAAAUAUUGAUUGUACAAAUAGUUAUAUAUAAUUAUCAUAGUGGUUAUUAAAAUUAAAUUUAUAUACAUACAUACAUGAAUAAAAUAAAUGGACGAAGGUUAAAUAAAAUCAAAACAAGAGUGUAUUAUUCAAUAGCUAAAUUGCUUUUGAAAAUUAAAAAUUCGUGUAUAGGGGCCUACUAUAAACUUUAAUACUGUAUCGGGGCCUAGAGUAAAAGUGUUGUAGUAUUACACUAUAAUUAUGAAGACUAAACUGUCUUUGGCCUAAUGCUAAUUUUCAUAUUGCAUCAAAAGUUCUAGAAUUGACUUUCUAAUAUAGUGAGUUAUUCAUAAAAAAAUUUAUUAAUACUUCAUUAUAUUAAAAAUGGGAUUCGAACAUGUGAACUUCUGAAAAACGAGAUUGAACAUACAACAACUGCGUACAACACUCACAUGGUAACACAUUGAGUGCAAUAAUCUGAUAUCGCUGAGGCUGUGUAUUUCAUCAAUAUUUGUUUAUAAAUGGAACUGGAAAAAUGGGGGAUUUAAUUAGAUGGCAGUCGUAAUAUUAGAUUGUUGUCGCUAAGUGAUGUUUAGCAUUUGUAUUGUUUUGACUGGGCAAUGUUAUCUGUUGAAAGAAAGCAAAAACACACAUUGUCAUUACAAAACAUAGAAGAAAAAACGUGUUGUUCGUUUUAAAUACAUAAAAACAUGUAUAUUUAAUGAAGAGUCUAAAUAAUUUGUAUACAAUCAUAUAUAUUUAUGUACAUACAUACAUACAUACACAUAAUUAAAUAUUGUCUGGUUUGAACUGGAAGUCUAUUGAUCGUCUAUUCUUUGUUUUAUAUAUAUUGAAGUCGUAAGGUCUUACCGGAAUGGCGAACCGGUUUCAGUCGGUUUGCAAAUCUAAAAGCGCGGCUUUCUAAAGUGAAUCUGGAGCAUGCUUAUUACUGAUAACACUUCAGCGCAUGGAAUAAUAUGAACGAUCGCGUAAUCAUUAGACAGUUUCGCGGUAGUCGAAUACAUAUAUCUUUUAUAUAAAAUAUAUGUAUCUAUGUUUUAGUGAAAGGAAAAUUUUUCCAGUUUUUUUAGGUCAUUUGGAUGAUUUGUAUAAAUAAAAUCAUUCGAUGUAGAAAAACAAUGAGUCACGAAAUCAUGAUGAAGUACAAGGUUAUCUGGUUUGAUAUUGAGGACAAUAAUUUGGAAUGUAAACAAUAACUAAACGAGAUCAACAACACAGCAACCUCAAAUCUCCGAUACAAUGAAUAAAAAUUUUAAAAUAUAGGAAGAAACAUAAAAAUAUGUGAAGUCCGUAAGUUCUCAUGUUUCAUUAUGAAAAAGGUAAUUUGUUCAACAAAAAUAUUCAUAUUAAAUCCUUUAAUUUUAGAAAUAAUUAUGAAGUGAGUACACAUUUUUUUAGAAAGUAAUAUAUGCUCCUUUUAUAUUUAUAAUUUUAGGUUUGAAUUUAUUAUUUAUAUAAUAUUAUGCAUAAUUGUUGUUUCAGAAGUUAUAUUUAUAUAUAACUGUAGUAAACAAAUAACAAUCCACUAUGUAAAUUUUCAAACAUACAUACAUUUGACUUAGUAAUAAAAUUGAUAACAAAAAAUCACGAAAUGAGACACGACUAAGCUAUAAAAUUUAGAAUCGAAAGGUUAUCAGUUAUUUAAACUAGACACAACUAUGAAAUUCACUAAUUAAAUAGGACUUCUUUUUUAGUUAAGAUAUUGAAUUGUCAUCGUUUUAAUGCAACCAGAUAAAAUAAAAGAAAAUCGUUGUAACAAAUUAAUGGUGUUCUAGCAAUCUUGGUUUAAACUGAUUUACUGAAAUUACAUUCAUUAAAGCAAUUAAAAUGUUUAAUUAAUAAUUUAUUUAAUUUUUUAAUUUAUUUAUAAGUACUGUACAUAAAUAAUGAGUUUAGCAGAGUUUAAGAAAAAAAAGGAUUGCAUUUACUGCUGAAUUUCGUUGAAUGUGUGUGAGUAAAGGCAAUUCCUCGCAGAAAGUAUACUUUUUGAUAAUAGUUCGUUGUAGUAGAAGGUAAUGGGCCUGAGCAUUGAAUUCGUUUCGAUCGAAAAAUAGUUCGAUACGAUCGACAAAUUUUACCUCGAAAUCAUUGAAACCGUAUCAAAAUUAUUCAAUUGUAUAUUUAAUACGCAGCGGAGUGGUGGGUUAGAAUUUUGCGAUUGAGCCAAACUUUAGAAUGUUGAAUGGUGUACUUCGUUUCCGUACAAUAUCGAAAGUAUAUCUGAUCGUAAUAUUACAGACUCCAGCGCCGUUUCAUUGAAUGUUUUCUAUUACAACAAUAACCUUAAACCAUGGUAUAGGUUGUUUAGGUAUACAAUGCUUAAAACUCAAUAGACCCUCAGUGGUCUAUAUAUAUUUGUGCUAAAUGUGUAAACGAACAUCUGACCUUAACGAACAAGUGUAAAUAAGUGUCGUCACACUUUUUGUAUUUGUAAGAAUUGUUUGGUUACACAUUCGUACACGCUAUUUGCAUAUUGGAGGAGCACUACAAUAAGAAACUUAAAUGUUUUAUCAUUUGCAUUUAUCGGUUUAAUUGAUUAGUUAUUAGUAUUAAAUAGUAUACAAAAUAUUUUUAGAUAAUUGUCAUAAGAUAAUUCUCGUUGUAUUCUCAUAUUUUGUUUUUUUUUUUUAUAAAUUACAUUACUAAUUUACUUAAAUAUUUGUAUCUUUGAACCAUUUUGUUCAAAUACACCGUUUUCCGCCGUUCCGUUCACUAUAACCUAGUCAGCAUAAAUGUUCAUUUGUAUAGUAAUAGUUUUGCCGAGAACCGAUCGUUUGUCAUACUGUUGAUAUUAAAACAUUAUGCAUUGAAUUCUCCACUCUUUCCAUCGCAGGCAACAAUUUUCAC